AUGUGUGAUGAAGAAUAUAAAGAUGGAAGUGAAUUACAGAAAAAGAACUUAGCAGAUGGUGGCCCAGACGAAUACAAAGAAAGUGAAAUGGAAUUAACAGAAAUUCCUCAUGCUUCUUACGAUCAAUGUCAUAAAUAUAUGAAAAAUAUGGCUAAAUGCGAAUCACCUAUAGGUGACAUUAUAAUAGAUUUUGGAACUGAAGUUAUUCCUAUAUUCAAUACUAAAUUUAAUCAUGCAGUUGUUACAUUUUUACUCGAAAAUCCCAAUGAAUGUUUAGAUUUACUCGAUUAUAUACUUAACGGUCCCAUUAAAAACAUAAUGGAAUUACCUUAUGAUGUUUUACUUGAGAAUUUCAUUCAAAAUUUACCUUUAAGUUUAGAAUUUUUAGCAAGAUAUAUGAAAAUAGCCUCUAGAAACCCCAGAAUAUCGCUAUAUUUUAUAGACCAAGGCGGUGUAUCUGCUUUAUAUCGCUGUUUAUCAGAAAAAGAAAAUUAUAUUUUCAUUGCACAAAUCUUUUACGCAAUCUCAAAUGUAGACCUCAGUUUCCAUACUGUAUACAAAGAAGAGAAAAUUGACUUAGGAUAUUCAGAUCCAAACGAAAUUGACUUAGAUAACUCGGAUGUCGAUGAAUUACCAGACCAAAUUAGUGAAGAAAAGAAAUUUAGGGACAUUUCUGAUAGUUUAAUGAGAUCCUCUAACGAAGAAGUGCGAAUGCUUUUGCUACAAACUUAUAACAAUAUUUGUGACAAAUCUCCACAGCAUCACUCGUUUAUUGCUAACCACAUCAUUUCUGUAUAUCAUCUCUUUAAAACAAAUCCUUUUAGAAAGGCUGCUCUUGAAGUUCUUUCAAAAUCUCUUUCAAAUUUAAAAGAUGCGCCAAAAUUUAGUUUGAUUUGGGACCAGGUUCCUGCACUACUCCGAUCAGAUGAUAAAGAGCUUGUAGCAGCUCUUUGUUCUUUCGUUAGUAAAAUUGUUGACAAAUAUUCUUCGGAUUAUAUUUGUGAUUCCGAAAUUUUCCAUGAAUUUGUAGAGUUUGCUCAAGAAAAGUGUUCAUUCAUCAUCAAAAAGUCGAUUGUUUCGUGUUUGGCUUCCAUAAUCAAGAAAUGUAACCACGAAAACCUCCAAACAUUAAUAACUCAACCUGUUGUUCAGUUAUUUAGAGAUUUUAUCGAUGAUACAACAAAUGAGAACUUGGAUAAUAUUUUAGUCGCAUUAUUAAGAAUUGGACAGGAAGCAGAGAUGGAAGGACCACUGGAUGAUAUCAUUGCAAUGCAAGAUGAUAUUGCGGAUCUGACAAUGAAUGAUAAUGACUUAGUUGUCGAUGCUGCAACCGAAUUAUUAGAAUUUAUUGAUUUUGUUCAAAAUCAACAAUAA